AGGUAACAUUGUAUUAUUUAAUAAUAUCACACUGACGAUAAAUUCGUUCCAUGCAAGCUCUUAUCAGGAUAUUUAUAAUUGGCUCUGCAGCUCUGCGCCCAAAUUUCCUCAUACAGAUAUGAGUGAUAAAUGAUGCAGAAAUCCAUGAGUCCACACCCAUGACCCUCGUGUUGUGAUUCAUCAGAACAACAAUAUAUGGAUAGAGUCCCGUAUAACAACAGAAACUAAGUCAUAAACCAUGACAAGAUUCACUUCUCUCUUGGGGCGUUUGAUAGUCUUUGCAGUAAUCCUAUCAACAACUACUCUCUCCAUAGCUUUUGAAAAUGUUGCUUCCUACUACAUGGUUUUCCAGUGGCCAGGAUCUUACUGUGGAGCAGCAAAGCAGGGUUGUUGCUACCCAAAGACAGGAAAACCGACCAAAGAUUUCAAGGUUGGUGGGAUAUGGCCCCUUUCGUUUACCGGAGAAAUGCCUACCAACUGCGAGUCCAACACCCAUUUCCGUUUAUCUGAGAUCUCAAACCUGACAAAGAGCUUGGAAAAUGAGUGGCCAUCCCUUUCCUGCCCAAUAAGUGGCAGUAGCAAACUAUGGGAGCAGGAAUGGAUGAAGUACGGAACUUGUUCAGAACCACUCUUCGGUGGUCAAUAUCAUUACUUUCAUGCAGCUCUAGACCUCAGGAACAAAGUAAACAUCUUGAAGAUGCUCAGCAGUGCAGGAAUCCAUCCAAACGGGUCAUUCUAUAGUCUACGUAAAAUUGUUGAUGCCAUACAAUCAAGAGUGACAUACAUGCCAGCAAUAAUGUGUUACGAGGACAAAUCAGGAAACAAACAGCUCUACCAGAUUCUUCUUUGUGGAGACACUACUGGAACUAAAAUUGUCGACUGUCUUGGCCUGCCGCAGUCAAAUUGCUCUGAAAAAAUCAAGUUCCCUUCCUUCUAGUAAGGAAAAUGAAAAAAAAAGUUGUUUCUUGCAGAAUUUUAUGGUGAGCGGUUAGAUCUUCAUUCUUGUGUACCUUUCCAAGCUGCUUGCGUUUCAGUCUCUUCACACUAUGUAUGUGAGUUCAGUUCAUUUAUAUUUUGGGAAAUCCAAAUAUAUUUCAUUAUUUAUGAAUUAUAAGUAUUUUUACAUGGUUAUUUUACCGAUGUGCGACAACAAGCCUAUGUACAACUUGACUAGUAUAUACAUAUAUACAAGUCACAACACUUCCCCUUAAAUUGGAGCAAAUAUAUCAUGCAUUUCCAACUUGUCAAGCGAGUUAGAAAACACACUACUAGACACAACCUUA